CCACAAAAUCAGAGAAAUAUUGCUGUUUCUGUGUUCUUGGACGGGAUCCCGCCAGAUACUUCCUCACCAUGCUUCGUUUCGUCUGUCUUUUUCUGGCUGCGGGGAUUCUUUCAGCCGAGGCGCUGCAACAAGCCGACACUAUCCGUUUUGACGUGAAGGAGCUUGCCGAGCUGCCCUGCCCCAACACUCCCUGGGUUGACUCCGCCUACUUCCUUCUAUCCGACACCGGCUACAACAACCCGACCUGCAACUACUACAUGGAGAUGGACCUCCGUAGCAAGGUGGAGGAGUACUGCAAGCGGAGUCCCGGGGCUUGCUCGUUCCGUCUGGCCAACGUGCUGGGCAAGGAACCCGACCCCAGGUGCGUCAGCUCCUUCGAGGUCGGCUACCUCUGUAUCUAGGUGUACUGGCUAUUGCAGAUACUUCCCAAUGGAGAACGUUCCGACAAAUGGAGACAAGAUAAAUAUACCGACAGCAAAUAUAAUAACCUAGGGCCCAUAAGACCCUGUUCAAUAUGCAUGUGUAUGCUUCGCACAUUGAGUUUAUUUUAACCAAAAACCCCUUAAUCUAAGCCCACUGACUGCAGUGGUCCGGUGGUAAAGGGGGUUGUGGGGUUUUCCAACUAGCUGAUAUUUCGCCUUGCACACAGCUCCACAGAA